ACUCUCACUUUUAACAUCAGACUCUGCUAGCUAGGAGAACUGAGAGAGCGGUGAAAUGGAUUCCGGUUUAGGAAUACAGAAUAAUGAAAUUGUGAAAUAAGACACAGAAACGAUACCAGACGAGCCCCGCACCGUAAAAAUGGGUCGUUUUUAUUGCCUCUCGGUGCCAUUUUAAUGGAGGCAUAGGGAAAAAGAGUCAGAUUUUCGCAGGAAUACACGACCCAUAAAUCCCGUUACGUUCAGCUGGUGCUUGGGAAAGAAAUAAUAUCUGCGUUUUAUUUCAGUUGUCCUCGUAUUUGUUAUUGUGAAAGUGUAUUACAAUCCUUCCGUAUGGAGCGACUGGACGGACAAACUGAAAACCAGACAGACUGACAAGAUUGGCUUCGUUUAUUGACAGAAAACCCGCUUUGACAACAAGGACCAAAAGCAACUGCGAUACGAUGUUGCUGGCGUCCGCCGUGGUCGUGUGGGAAUGGCUGAACGAGCACGGGCGCUGGAGGCCCUACAGCUCGGUCGUGUCGCACCACAUCGAAGUGGUGAUUCGAAGUGACCCGCGCGGCGGCAGCGUCGUCUUGGGCCAAGUCGACAGCCGCCUCUCGCCUUACAUCAUUGACCUGCACUCCAUGCAUCAGUUCAGGCAAGACACCGGCACCCUCCGGCCGGUGCGGCGGAGCUUCUACGACCCCACCUCGGCCCCGGGGCAGGGCUGGCUGUGGGAGUGGGAGAACGACGCGGGCUCCUGGACGGCCUACGACAUGGAGGUGGGCGUGGCCAUCCAGGCGGCGCGGGACCGGCAGCAGCCCUGGGUGGACCUGUCGCCGCUGGGCUUCCGCUACCUCAUCGACUUCCAGAGCAUGACGCAGGUCAACGGGCAGACGCAGCGGCGGCGGCGGGUGCAGCGCCGCUCGGACCUGGCCUACCCGCUGGUGUCCGGGGCCCUGCCCAGGUCCCACGCCUGGGGGGCGGCGGCGGCGGCGGCGGCGGGGGGGGGCUCCACGGGCGGGCUGCUGGGGGUGGGCGUGUCCGGGACGAGCUCCGGCGGGAUGGGCGGGGCGCUGUACCCCGGCGGCGCCCUCUCCGCGUCGUCCCUGACCCCGCCCCUGCAGGCCUGCGCCUGCCCGCAGUGCAUGCUGGUCCUGAGCGUGAAGACCGGCGCCAUGGCCCACACGCUGGGCCGCAGGCCCCCCCAGGCCAAACCGCCCAGCCCCAAGCCCGCCCGGGCGCCCCGCUCGGCCUCCAGCCCGCCGAACUCCUACUCCCACACCCUCCCCCACCCCCCCUCCCUCUCCAGGUCCCACUCGCUCCGCAAGACCCGGCCCAGUUUCACCCACUCGCUCUCCCUCCUGGGCCCGGCGGCCGCCGCCCUCUCCCUGUCCUCCACGCGGCCCCCUCCCCCGCCGCUGCCCUCCGUCCCGCCCCCCCCGCCGCCGCCGCCCGCCUCCUCCGCGCUCAGCUCCAGCUUCUCCUCCAUCAGCACCACCACCAGCUCCGCCCCGCUGGUGCCCACCGCCACGCUCAUCACCACGGCGACCUCCUCGCCCACCACCCCCACCGCCCCGGCCCCUCGCUCCACCGCCUCCGCCUCGUCGGCCGGUUGCGCCGCCCCCAUCCCGCCGCGCGCCAGCCUGGCGGGUCUCAGCCGGCCCGCCCUCCACCGCAUCGCCAUGGCGCAGUCGCGGGCACUCAUCGCCUCCGGGGUUCCCACUGUACCGGUGAAGAACCUUAACGGCUCCAGCCCUGUCCAUCCAGCGUUGGCAGGUAUCACUGGCAUUCUGAUGAGUGCUGCGGCUCUGCCUGUGUGCCUGACCCGCCCCCCCAAGCUGGUCCUGCACCCGCCCCCCGUCAGCAAGAGCGACAUCAAGCCCAUCCCCGGGCUGAGCCACUGCUGCCGCAAGACCAGCAAGAAGCAGGCCCGCAAAGGUAAAACUCCAGAGGAGGUGGUGAAGAAGUACCUGCAGAAAGUUCGGAACCCCCCCGAGGAGGACUGUACUAUCUGCAUGGAGCCACUAGGGGGCCCGUCUGGGUAUAAGGGUCCCGGGGUGGGCAGCGUUUCUCGCGUGGAGUCGGUGGGCCGCUUGUCCAUGUGCGGGCACCAGUACCACCUGCAGUGCCUGGUCGCCAUGUACAACAACGGCAACAAGGAUGGCAGCCUGCAGUGCCCCACCUGCAAGACCAUCUACGGCGUCAAGACUGGCAACCAGCCCCCUGGCAAGAUGGAGUACCACGUCAUCCCCCACUCCCUCCCCGGGCACCCUGACUGUAAAACCAUCCGCAUCAUUUACAACAUCCCACCUGGCAUCCAGGGCCCUGAGCACCCCAACCCUGGCAAGCCCUUCACAGCCAGAGGCUUUCCUCGCCACUGCUAUCUCCCAGACAGUGAGAAGGGACGCAAGGUGCUGCGGCUGCUCCUGGUGGCCUGGGACCGGCGGCUGGUCUUCUCAGUCGGGACGUCCAGCACCACGGGCGAGUCGGACACGGUCAUCUGGAACGAGGUCCACCACAAGACCGAGUUCGGCUCCAACCUGACGGGACACGGUUACCCCGACCCCGGUCACCUUGACAACGUGCUGGAGGAGCUUCGGAUCCAGGGGAUCACGGAGGACGAGAGCCUGCAGCAUGACUGAGGGGCCGGAGGGGAGGGGGGAAUGGGGGGGGGGAGGGGCUACUGAGUGAUUGACAGCACAUAGAGGAAGUGACCGUGUGCAGAGGGAGCUGUUACUGCUUUUACACCUGAGGGUGUGUGUUCAGUUUUUUUUUUUAACGCAUAAAAAUCAAGUGAACACAGGAGACUAAACACUGAGGUAUAUUACCUGCAAAUAAACUGAGUUAAACAGGAGGCAGUGUAGGUAGGUAGUAAAGUAGAAGGACGUGUCUUUUAAUUGUUGAAAUUAACAUCAGACGGUGCUUAUGAGAGACAAAGAGAGAAGGAGGGAUGAGGCAGAGAUGAGGAGAGAGUAGAGUGUAAAGAGUUGGAGAGGCGAAAGUGUAAAGGAAUGGAAAGGAGAGAGAUGGGGAGAGAGUGGAGUGGAAAGGGAUGGAGAGGAGAGAGAGGAGGGACAGAGGGAGAGAAAGUUGAUGGGGAGGAAGAAAUUCUGAAAAUGAACAGAGAAGAGAGAGGAGUGAAUUAUGAAUUGGAGAAGAGAGAUUUAGCUUCAUGGCACAGCUGCCACCGAGCCAGAGACGGAGAGAUAGAGACACUGUGGCAACGGUUAAAAUGACCAAAACCUCUUGCUUUUAACUGCAGUGACAUAGCACAAGCGCAGGAAUGUCUCAGCGUGUGCCGAGCGGGUUCCCUUGGAAACUACAUUCCAGCCAACGAUCAGACUUGACCAUUGCGAUUCCAAAAAAAAAAAGAAAGAAAAGGAAAUGUACCGCAACUUAAUUAUGAAUUGUUCGGCUGAGCCGUAUUUCAUCUUUUAAGCGUUAUCUUGAAAUGACUUCACUCCCUCUAGUACAUUUGUGACUGUGUGUGCGUGCGAAUGUGCGUGUGCACACGCACAGCGAAGUCCGUAAGUGGACCCCCCAUUAGUGUGCGGUUUAGAGUGAACCGCUUGGCAAAUGUCAGCCAGCCUCUUUAACGUGUCUAGUUGGAAUCUUGGGGGUUUCAUAAUACCGUCCCAGCAUGUGGAACCAGAAAUCCUUUUUUUAUUUUCAUUUUUUUAUUUUUUAUUUUUUAUUUUUAAAUAAAGUGACUCAGCAGAAAAGGCCUGGUGAGAGAACAUCUGUAUGGGUGUCUCAGUAAUGGUUUUGUGUUUUGUCUGUGUGCUGCUGACGUUUACCUGUACUGUAUAUAGGUCACUUCAAUUCAUUUCUGGGCAGUUGUUUGAGCGAUCCACCCUGAUCUCAGGGUGUUUAUUGCGGAUUGAAACGGAGCUCAGAAGAAUAGAGGUGUGCACGGCAGACUUAGAUUGGACAGGUUGUCGGAGAUGUGAGCUGACAGUUUUGGCAUAAUAAUAAUAGUAAUUAUAAUAAUAGUGGCUUUCUAAGGUUUCUAGAUUUAAAUCAUGUGCCCUAACCUGGUCCUCUGUUUCAUUUCUGCGCAUCUGUCCAGUCUGCAUGUUAGGUCGAUGAAUGACCUGUUUAUGAAGAUUUACUGUUAACAAUGUAUCUCUUGUGUGUAUGUGUGUGUGUGUGCGCGCACACGUGUACAUGUAUACAUUUGUGGUUGCUAAGUGUGUGUAUAUGUGUUACAUGAAAACUGUUUCAGAGGUAUGCAAGUAAGCCAAGCUGUAAUCUCUGCAUCUUCCCCCUUUGAAAAAAACAAACCUACAUUUCUUUAGAAAAAAAAGCAUUUAUUUUGCUGUCCUAACUAGUAUUGUUUUUGUUCUUUUUUUAAAUAAUUGUUUUAAUCGCACAGUACAAGUAGCUCUAGCUCUGUAUAAUUUUGUACAUAGUAAUUUUGUCUUAAUUUCAUCUCAGGUGAAGACCUGAGAUGACGGGGACUGUUUUUGAUUUUUGUAAUGUGUACAGCACUUGUGUGUGUGAGAGAGAGUGUGUGAGGGAGAGAGAGAGAGAGAGAGGAGUUACAGGUAGACUUGUAAUGGAGUGUAAGGUCUACACGUCGAUCUGUAAGUCCUCUUCCACCAAGAAAAAUAAUCUUUCCUACAUCUUUAGGUAAUGGUUAACAAAAACAGUGGCCAAACGUUUUUUCAUGUCUGUUGAAGUAAUGUUUGUAAGACAGUAGCAAAUGUACAAAAUUUGUUUCAAAUCUUUUAAAAAUUUUUAUUAUUUUUUUAUUUUUUGCUGGUGUGAGGGCUGAAAGGGAAACUUUGGGGUAAAUGUACAUUUAGAAAAAAAAAAAAAUUAAUAAAAAAAGACAAAAAUGAAUUGUACAUGAAGCAUUUCUGAAAUAAUGAAUGAUAAUAAAUUGAUUAAUUAUGAUCAA